AUGGAUAUGAGGCCGCCGCCACCGCCCCCUGGUGUGAGCUUAGCGCAGCAAGCGCAACAGCUCCAGAGUGCCAAGUUCGGUGGUGCCUUCCCAGCGCCCAAGCUGCCCAUCAACAUGGGCGCACAAGGCCCGGGUGGCAGCUGGCCAAAUAUGCAAGGAGGGAUCCAAGGCGGUAUGACACAGCCGGGCAUGUCUAAUGGCUUGCAGCCAAGCGUGGGCAUGAAAGGCGGUGCUGGUGGCAUGCGGCCGAACUGGACCAGCAUGCCGCAGUACGGCCAAAACCUGCCACCGGGUCAAACACAAGGCGGGGCACAGUCAUUUCCGCAGCAAUACGGCGUGCGGGGCGGCAAUUCCACCUUGCAGAGAUCGAACAGCUAUGGUAAUGGAGGCAGUGGUCCGCAGGUGGUGCUCCCACCGCCCGGCGGACCCGGCGCGCUGCCGCCGCCGGGGGCUCCGCUGGCUCCGCCUGGGCCUCCGAACACCCCGGCGCCUCCUGCGCCUGCGCCUGCGCCGCAGCCACCGCUGCAGUAUGGGCAGUUUGGCUUACCCAGCCGAAACAGCCAUCAGCGUGGCGCAGCGCCUCCGCCCCCACCACCGCAUCCUAACUGGAAGCCGGGGCAGCCACCGCCGCCACCAGGUCCAGGGCCACCUGUGCAAAAGCCUGGAGGAACUCUGGAGGCUGCUAUGCAGGCCGCUGCCAUGUUGGGCGCAGCUGCACCUGGAAUGCUGGAGGCAACCUCGGCUAUUGACUUCUCCAGCAAACUCGAGGACUUGCGGCGAAAGCACCCUCAGGUGAAAGUGCCCUCAGAUGCCUGGACAUGGAAGCCAGAGGAGCUGGAAGCCUGGUUCGCCAGUGGCGGCACCACCAAGGUGGGUGCCCAAGUGAAGGAGCAGCCCAAGGAAACCGCGAAGGAACCGCCCAAAGAGCCGCAGACCCCGCGGAAGCGGAGCCACGGCGAGGCUUUUGGUUUCGACAUCCAAGAAACCCUCCAACUUCAGCAGCAACUCUUGACCAGCUUUUCAGAGACAGACUUCCAGGAGAACUUAAAGCAACUCCAAGCACAACAUCCCGAGCGCAAGACCAAGGGCCAUUAUGAUAGUGCGGCCUACUUGGAGGCCUUCAACGCUUUGGCCUUCACGGUCUACGCCAAGGUGCUUCCGGACUGGAAGUUAGCGGCCACCUGGGAUGGCGUGCGAGAAAUGCUCAGCAAAACGCACGAGGCACAGGCACAUCCCAAGGUGAGAAAGGUGCAGGAAGAGAUCAAUGUCAUUAUGGGUCUGCCACGGAACGUUUGCUUCACCCCGCCCUCCAAGAACUCAGAGUUCUUGUUGAUCUUCAGGCCCGACGGCGAUGCGCCAGUGCAGAGCUCUUCGUUACCUUUGUAUCAGGAUGACGAUGGUGACGAAGCCCAUGAAUUCCUGGAUGAAGAUGAGGACACGGGGGAGUUGAAGGUCCGUGCCACUCAAAUGCUGAAACGUUGUGGCCCGACCAGUGGCACCAGUUCCGAACAGGAGGCCCAGGAGGUGUGGUACCAAGUGCUGCACAAUCCAGCGGUGAUGAUCCGGGAUCAGCCAGAUGAGAAGGCCAGGAUGGUGGGUCGCAAGAAGGUGGGCAAAAGGCUCAGAAUACAGAGCGUGAAGGACGGCAAGUGGCUGCAAUUGCACCAGUCCGAGCUGGUGAAGCUCGGUGUUCAGGAGGCAUGGGUCGUGAUGGACCCUGUAGAGGCUGGUCUUCCGGCUGGUUCACCUUUGCUUGAGAAAGUGUCGCCGUAG